UCUCCUUUGGUUCAACACUCAGUGAUCCCAAGGGUAACUCUGGCACCUGCCUCCAGAGGAAGGAAGCAUGUUAGCUUAUCUUUCUCUAGAUAUAAGCACCAUGUAUGGGUCAGGAAUAGUGACACUCCUCAUGUCAAUAUGAUCAGUCCAGUCUUUCUUCUCAUUCCUCUUCUCUCAGAACAAACAAAAGUUUAUAGCCCUUCUCCACCACUUCUUCAAUCUUUCAGCUGAUUAUGUGAUAUAGUAGCUUUCCUAUUCCUCACAGCCUUUAGAGAAGAUCUGAAUCUGGAUCAGUGUGGAGAAACAUAUUCCUCAGGCUCCUUCUGGAUUUCUAUGUGGUGCUCCACUUUCAGGCACAGGGAGCCACAAGUGCCAAGAUACUAGGCAAGUCUCAUGUGAAAUGUUUAAGCAGACUCAUCAACUUCUAAGUCAUUAUAGAGAGGACCCUAAAGUUCAUCAUGACCCAUACCAACCUUACCAUCUUCCAUCCUACAGUUUUUGUCUUACUUGGCAUUCCUGGGUUGGAGGCAUAUCACAGCUGGCUGUCUAUACCCCUCUGCCUUAUGUAUAUCACUGCAGUUCUGGGAAACAGCAUCCUGAUAGUGGUCAUUAUCAAGAACAUUAACCUUCAUGAGCCCAUGUAUUUUUUCCUUUCCAUGUUGGCUAUGACGGACAUCAUGCUGUCUACCACCACUGUACCAAAAGCCCUAGCCAUCUUUUGGCUCCAUGACCAUGAUAUUGCCUUUGACGCCUGUGUUACUCAAGUCUUUUUUGUCCAUGUGAUGUUUGUGGGAGAGUCAGCCAUCUUAUUAGCUAUGGCCUUUGAUCGCUAUGUGGCCAUCUGUGCUCCUCUGCAUUAUUCAACAGUGCUAACAUGGCCUGUUGUGGGAAGAAUUGCUCUGGCCAUUGUGACCCGAAGCUUCUGCAUCAUCUUCCCAGUGAUUUUCUUGCUGAAGCGGUUGCCUUUCUGCCAGACCAACAUCAUCCCCCAUUCCUACUGUGAGCAUAUUGGAGUGGCCCGCUUAGCCUGUGCUGACAUCACUAUUAAUAUCUGGUAUGGCUUCUCAGUGCCCAUUGUCAUGGUCAUCUUGGAUGUAAUCCUUAUUACUGUGUCUUACUCACUGAUCCUCCGAGCAGUGUUUCGUUUACCCUCCCAGGAUGCCCGGCACAAGGCUCUCAGCACGUGUGGCUCCCAUCUCUGUGUCAUCCUCAUGUUUUAUGUUCCAUCCUUCUUUACCUUACUGACCCACCGCUUUGGACAUAACAUUCCUCGACAUGUGCAUAUCCUGCUGGCCAAUCUUUAUGUGGUAGUACCACCAAUGCUCAACCCCAUUGUCUAUGGUGUAAAGACUAGGCAGAUCCGGGAGGGUGUAGCCCACCAGUUCUUUGACAUCAAGGCUUGGUGUUGUGCUUCACCUCUGAACUGAUGGCUUCCUAUGAAUUCCCCCUUCCAGCUUUACCAAGGAAACUGAUGUGAAAUACAGAGAUUUCCUGCACUGAAGGGGAUUUUCCUUCUCUUCCUCAUUUUCUUCCUUCUUCAUCUUCCUCCUCCAAUUCUCUUUCUUUUCCUCUUAUGGCUCUUCCUCUUUGCCUUUUUUUUUUUGUUUCUGUGUUUUUUCUAUCCUCUUUUCUUCUCAUAUCCAUCCUUCCUCCACAACCUUCAAGUAACAACUGUUCAUGCCUCUGAUAUGAACAUUUGGUAUACUCAGUAGGCCAGAUGUACUCCAAAACAAAAGGAACUGAACAGCACAUAAAGGAAAUUAUACACAAAUGGAUUAAAAUAACUGUAUAUUUAACAUCUGAAGGGGUUCCAGUUUUUAUUCCCAAAUGUGCCUUUUUUCUUUGUACAGAUUCAAGUAACUCUCCAUCUAUUUCUACAAUGGCAGGUGUUUUUGAAAAAUAGCCAAGAAUGCAUGCUAUUUAGCCAUCUGGAAAAGUCCUGUUCUUUCUUCAAAUUUCAGUUGAAGAACUGCCUUCCCUGAGAAGUUUUUCAUAUUUUUUUUCUAGGUAAUCCAAGGUUCCUAUGUUUGUCUAUUGUGUCUUGUACAAAUCUCAAAAUAUGUGUGAUGAGUUAUAAUGGGCUGUUUUUUUAUUUGUACCUCCAAUUAACUAUAAACUCUUAGAAACCAGAAUAGUGUGUGUCAUUCAUUUGUACACUUAGUAUGUUAUAAAAUACUUAGUGCACCAUAGAUGUUUGAGAGAUGAAUGAGAGCACAAUUACCUCCUUGAAGUCAAAAAUAUAUCUCUAUCAUGCACUGAAAUAAUCAGCUAAAUUUGUCCACAAACCUAGGGAUUAGUAAACCAGUUCUUCACAAAGACAGUAUAUUAUGAUGGAAGCAAACACACCGCUUAUGGUGGUGUGUUUUACUCCAGGGAAUAGACAAGAGCAGUAGGAACACAGGGUAUUCUAUUUUCUUAAUUGCAUUUUUAAAAAAGAUUUUAUUUAUUUAUUUUUAGAGAGA